CUUCACACUGUAAAUUUAUUAGCAGCUGAAAAAAAUCAAGCAAAAGAGUUUGCAGAAAUCGAAACCGCCGACGCCUGCGAUGGUCGAUAGCGGCGUUGCUGCGGCGGCGACGACCACCACCGCCAACGCAGCUGAGAGCACCAAGAGCGACGCCGUCGACGCUCCUUCUUCGUCUGACCGCCCAAUUCGCGUCUACGCCGACGGGAUCUACGAUCUGUUUCACUUCGGCCACGCUCGCUCCCUCGAGCAAGCCAAAAAAUCGUUUCCGAAUACUUACUUGCUUGUUGGAUGCUGCAACGAUGAGGUUACACACAAGUUCAAGGGGAAGACUGUUAUGACUGAAUCGGAGCGCUAUGAAUCCCUUCGCCAUUGCAAGUGGGUGGAUGAGGUUGUUCCGGAUGCCCCGUGGGUGAUUGAUCAGGAAUUCUUGGACAAGCACAAUAUUGAUUACGUUGCUCACGAUUCUCUCCCUUAUGCUGAUGCAAGUGGAGCUGGAAAUGAUGUUUAUGAAUUUGUCAAAGCUGUGGGGAGGUUUAAAGAGACCAAAAGGACUGAGGGGAUCUCAACAUCUGACAUCAUUAUGAGGAUAGUAAAAGACUACAACCAAUAUGUGAUGCGCAAUUUGGACCGUGGGUAUUCAAGAAAGGAGCUUAAUCUUAGCUAUGUCAAGGAAAAGCGACUAAGGGUAAAUAUGCGACUAAGGAAGCUGCAAGAGAAAGUUAAGGAGCAUCAAGAAAAGGUUGGGGAGAAGAUACAAACAGUUGCCAAAACAGCUACCAUUCGCCGGGACAUGUGGGUUGAAAAUGCCGACAGACUGGUUGCUGGAUUCCUCGAGAUGUUUGAGGAACGUUGUCACAAAAUGGGAACAGCCAUUAGGGACCGGAUUCAAGAGAGUUUAAGGGGACAGAACGGAAGGGGCUUGCUCGAUUACGGGGAAGACGGCGAUGACCAAGAAGACUACUAUGACUCCGAGGAAGAGUACUAUGAUGACGAUGAAUACUAUGACAGUGAUGAUAAGUGACUGUCUUGUACAUUAAGCUGUGAGUAGUUGUACCGUGUGCUGCUUGCUGACUUUUCAUACAAUAGAGGUGAAGAAGUACUUUGAUUGAUUAUAGUUUGAGAUUUUGGUUUGUUGAUUUUUUUAUCUUCAUGUGGUUAUAUUACUGGUGAUUAGUGCAACAAUGUUUCCAAAUGUACCAAGUUGUUAUCAGUGGGACAGUAUUUGGAUCUCUCA